AUGACUAUAUCACUCGGCGUUCAAGCUGCGUUCGCGGCAGUGAUUCUCGUCACCCUCGCCUACUAUGUACCACAGUGGCGACAGCUGUCUCGUCGACGCCAUCUGCCACCUGGCCCUCGUCCAUUUCCUGUUCUGGGAAACAUUCUACAGAUGGCUCUAGAGUUCCCAGAGAAGAGGUUCGCGCAAUGGGGGAAGAAGUAUGGGGACAUGAUUUUCUUGCGGAUGUUCAACACGCCCGUCUUGGUUAUCAAUUCUGCGGCCGCUGCACGAGAUCUGCUGGACAAACGUAGUGCAAUAUACUCGGAUAGACCGCAUUCGGUCAUGAUGACAGACCUGCUGGGGUGGGAGCACGAUUUCUCGUUAAUGUCAUACAAUGAGGAGUUUCGCAAGCAUCGACGAUGGAUGCAAAAGCCUUUCUUUUCCAGGUCUUGCCUCGCCGCGUUCGCCGACAUGCAGAGGCGCGAUGUGAUUGCUUUACUAGUGGGAUUGCUGAACGAUCCGGAGGACUUUGGAACCCAUAUCUACCGAUACUUUGCGUCCUUUAUGCUUCAAUAUCUUUACGGGCACACAUUAACAUCCCCAGACGAUGAGUAUUAUCACGUCGUCGAGAAGGCAGUGGAGGAGACGAUGAACUUUUCGACUCCUGGAACACUCCCUGUGGACCUCAUCCCGUCUUUGAGAUACCUCCCAGCCUGGUUUCCUGGUGCAGGCUUCAAGCAAAAUGCCGUGUGGAUCAAGAAAACCGUCAGAGAUGCUGCGCAGCGAACGUACGACUUGGCGGAGAGCAUGCUGACCGAAGAUGGGAUUGAAGCCUCCGUGAUAUCGUCAUUGAUCAAGGAAUCCUCAUCCAAGGGAACUCUGGACAGUGAGAAGCCAGAGAUCAUGAUGUUUGGACUCGCGUUGUAUGCAGAUACGACCCAGACCGUACUCAUGGUCUUCCUUCUUGCUAUGGUCUUGUAUCCGGAUGUGUACGCCAAGGCGCAAGAGGAGAUAGACCGCGUAAUCGGUGGUGCAAGGCUUCCGACUUUCACCGACAGGGAUGCACUGCCAUACCUUGAUUGCAUCCUCAAGGAGACGUACCGGUAUGUACUUCUGUUCUGGGCCUCACCGACUUGUUGUCAUCGAACUCAUCCCACAGGUGUAUCUCAUGUAUUACGCGAAGACGACGAGUAUCGUGGGUGCUGGAUACCGAAGGGGACAAUGGUCAUGCCGAAUCUAUGGUCAACGUUUAUGCUGCAUGAUGCCAACGUCUAUCCCGACCCGGAGACCUUCUGUCCAGACCGCUUCAAUGGGUUAUAUGAGAGUCAGGAGGAUCCACGGAACAUCGUCUUCGGUUUUGGUCGGCGCAUAUGCCCAGGUCGCCGCUUCGCAGAAAUUGGGAUUUGGCAGGCGAUGGCUAACAUCGUAGCAACAUUCGACCUUGGCAAGGCUCGUGACGCAAUGGACAAUGAAAUCACGCCGCCGGGGACAUUCUCAUCCGGUUUCAUUAAUCAUCCUCACAAGUUCAAAUGUACCAUGACACCGCGAUCCAAAAAGGCCAUAGAACUCAUCACAAACGGAAAGUCAACGCAGACGUGACAGAGGAUCGAGAUAGUACCAUUCAGAAGCAACCAUUUCACGCUGUCAUACUCUCAUUGGUAAUGGGCCGUGCCAUGUAACAGU